AUGAAAAGCCUACUCUCUGAGAAGAAGGCCUUGAAGGGAGAUGAAACUGUGGUCUUGACCAAAGAGGGCAGUGCACUGAUACAGAGGAAGCUACCCAAGAAGAUGCCUGAUCUAGGAAGCUUCCUAAUUCCCUGUACUAUUGGGAAUAUUACUUUUGAGAAAGCAUUGUGUGAUCUUAGUUCAAGUAUAAAUCUGAUGCCUCUGUCCGUGAUGAAGAAACUAGGAAUCCAAGAAGCACAGGCAACAAGGAUAACCCUGCAAAUGGAUGACAAGUCUUUGAGGCAAGCAUACGGGCUAGUGGAGAACAUACUGGUGAAGGUUGGAGAGCUAUUCCACCCUGUAGAUUUUGUGAUACUUGACAUGGGAGAGGAACAGAUGAUUCCAUCAUUCUAG